AUGGCUCCUUUACUUGGAGACGUGAAAGAUGCCUACGUCAAGGACCAGUUCAAGGAACAACAUGACAAACACCUGCAAGAGCAACAGAAACAAGAGAGUCAGAACCAGCAAGAGAGUCAGAGCCAGCAAGAGGGUCAGAGCCAGCAAGAGGGUCAGAGCCAGCUAGAGAGGAGUGAAAUCCAAACAGACAACAGGUCUGGGGAAAAGAUACACAAAUCAAGCGGAUUGGGCUUUCUCAGAGGCAACGAGUCCACACCCACAAUGGACCUAGCAAGAGAGCAGAUAGCAGAGGUUGAUGAACCCAUUAUGGACCAGACAAGAGAGUCGACAGCUGAACUGUAUGACUGGGACCAUAGAUAUGAUGAUCUGAGCCAGAGGAUGGCAGAGGAUGAACCUUUCACGCCCCCCAGACGCAUAUUGAUUGAUGGUCCUAGACCUGAAUGGAGCAAGAAGCGGAACAAGAAGCACAGUCCAAGAUCUGAUGGAGAACAAGUGGAAGGAGAGACGAAUUCUCCAAUUUUCUCUCCUAAAGGCAAACAAGCUGAAAGGUACAACUCGCCAGCAAUCCAAAACUCAGGAGGGUAUGCAAGGAAUUUCUCUCGUCGCUUCGACUACAACCCGCCAGUGUCCCCAAUUCAACACUCAGGAGAGUAUGAAAGGAAUCCCUCGCGUCGCUUGCAAUACAAUUCACCAGAGUCACCACUUCAGAACUCAGGAGAACACACAGAAGAUUCCACUCAUAACUUAGGACAUUACUCAACAGAGCCACCAGCUCUGCACGUAUGGGAGCAUUUGGAGAAACCCGCCCAUAAUACGAAAGGUUACUCACCAGAGCCAGAACCUCCGCACGUGUGGGGGCACUCAAAGGAAGCCACUCAUAAGAUGGAACCCAACUCAGGAGAAUCAUCAUCACCACAGCAGCAGCCAGGAGGAGAGCAAAACCAAGGAAAGAACGCCACCACCCAUAACAACAAAGGCCAUCAUCGACGCCAAUUAGCGCAACAGAUUCCCGACGAACACAGCCUAUAUUCACAAACAGACCUCUUCGACCCCGAUGACAUCCCGCCAGUCCCGCCCAUCCCCGAGAGAUGGAGAGCAGAAUGGGAAAUGCAGCAGAUCCGUAAACGACAAGGGCUGAAGAAUCCUCUCCCGGGCGAGACCCCAGAGCAGGCUGAUCUGAAUCCUCCCACGAAGGCGAUGCGCAUAGCAGCCGCGAGGAAAGAAGCCCGGCAGCUCAACGAGGAGAGGAGAAUAAAGAGGGCUGAGAUGGAUGCCAAAGCGCUGCGGGAGAGAAAGGAGAGGGAAGAUAGAGAGAAGAAGGAGAAGUUAGAAGGCAGAAAGGGCAAAGCUAAGACUAGGAGAGAAGAGCCAGCGAGAAAUGAUUAUCGUCUGCCGAGAUCUCCGGCUUUGUUGAAUCUGUCACGGCUGGAUGGAGAACGAGGUGGAGUCCAGACCACGCCGGCGAUUCCUGCACAACGAUCAAACUUGCCCGCUUCUAUGAGUGAGCAGAGCAAGAGACCUCGGGGCGAAGUGUUCGUAGAGACGGGCAAACCGAGUGGCUCUGAUCUGGGGUUAGGUGAUAUGACGGGAACAUACGUUGAGGAUAUGGCUGAUGAGUCGGAGGUUGCAGCAAUGGAGGCGAAGUAUGAGGGAAGAGCGCGGUACGGGAAAGGCGGGCGUAAUUGAGGUUCGUGGAUUGCUGGAGUGCUUGAGCGGCUACCAAAGUCAUUACGGUUGCUGUGGCAUUUUGCUUCAAGGGAGUCGGGUUUGGUGAUCGACGAA